AUGUCGAUACCUGAAUCUUUGGACUUGAAACCUAGAACAGAGAAUAUCACUCAAGUGAUAGCUAAUGGCAUUCAGGAUGCACUUGUACACGGUUCCACUGAUAAUAUUGAUAAUAUUCUUUCAGAUUCAAAUCAUGUGAUUGAAAUUUCAGCAACAUCCCUUCACCAAAAUUCAUCUAUAGUCUUGUUACUUGAUUUAGCACAAUUAUUUAAUAAGGCAACCGAUGCUGAACAUUAUACUAUGAAAGCUAACCAGGAAGAAACCUUAUACUGGAUUACUUACGGAAAAAAAUUU